UAUUCUACUCUUACCAUCACUUCACCCAGUUUUCCUCUUCCUUAAUUUUGUUUAUCAAUUACUUUACUCAUCAUCUUUUAUUUGCAGUCAAGUUAAAUUGCUCUCUCUGAAGUCUUUGUGUUCUUUAAACCAAAAAAAAAAUGUCUUUGUGUUCUUCACCAACUCAUUUCUUCUUUCAGAUAUAAGAUUUUAUACUUCAACUCAACUUUUUUUUUGUUUAGUUAAUCCAUCUUCUAAUCUUUGUUUAUAUGUAGUUUUAAACUAUGGAGUUCGAGUCAGUGAUCAAAAUGCAUUAUCCGUAUCUUGCAGCCGUUAUCUACGACGAUAGCCUCACUAUAAAAGAUGAUUUUUCUUGUAUACACAAUAUGCAUCACAAACCUAUCCAGAUUAAUCUCGAUAUGUCACAUCUUCCAUCGAUGCCUCACACACAUGAAAUACCGUCAAAAGAAACCAAUAGGGGCAUAACUCCUUCUCCAUGCACUGAAACUUUUGAGACAUAUUUUCAUGGCACAUCCAACGACCAAGGUUUUUUCAGCAUGGCCUACACCACCUCGCAAACUGUUGAAUCCAACGUUUCACAUGUCACACAUGAGAGUACUAUGUGGGAAAAUGAUCAAAACCAAGGAUUCAUCUUUGGGACCGAAUCAACCUUCAAUCUGGCCUUGGUUGAGUCUAAUCAAUUCAUUAUGCCGAAACCAAACUUGAGUGCAAAUGAAGACACCAUCAUAUCUCGGCUUCAAAAUAAUCAAGUAAUGAUCAAGACUGAGCAGGUCAAGAAGAAUAACAAGAGAUUCCAGAUUAGAAGAAUUCGUAAACCCACAAAAAAUGCUAGCAUCAUCAAAGGACAAUGGACUCCUGUAGAAGACAAGUUAUUGGUGAAAUUAGUGGAAAGUCAUGGAACUAAAAAAUGGUCUCAGAUUGCAAAGAUGCUUCAAGGACGAGUUGGAAAACAGUGCAGAGAGAGGUGGCAUAACCAUCUUCGUCCCGAUAUCAAGAAAGAUGGUUGGACUGAAGAAGAAGAUAUCAUUCUGAUUGAAGCCCACAAGCAGAUUGGGAACAGAUGGGCUGAGAUCGCUAGAAAACUCCCUGGACGCACAGAAAACACGAUCAAGAACCAUUGGAAUGCGACGAAACGUCGACAAAACUCGAGGAGGGCUAAAGGAAAAGAUGAAGUCUCCCUUCAACUUGGCAGCAACACUCUUCAGAACUACAUAAGGUCUGUUACCUACAAAGAUGAUACCCUGACCCUCAUGACCCCAAACUCGAACGUUGGUCCAAAAAACAUGAGAGAUAAAGGCAAGGGUGUAAUGGUCGCGGUCAAGGAGGAUGAAGAGGAUGAGUGUAAGUAUAUUGUUGAUGGUGUGAUGAACAUGGGUUUAGACAAUAAAACGAAGAUGCCAUCAUUGGCGGCUGUGUCUUCGACUUGUGCGUCUACUUCUGGUUCUGCGUCUGCUUCUGGAAGUGGUGUAACCAUGGAGCUUGAUGAGCCAAUGACUGAUAGCUGGAUGGUGAUGCAUGGGUGUGAUGAAGUUAUGAUGAGCGAGAUUGCUUUGCUGGAGAUGAUUGCUCAUGGCCGUCUUUAGACCGUAAUAUAAAACAAGUCAAACUUGAUUAUAUCCUAUCUAUCUUUAUGUUUAAUUAUGCUUAUAAUAUGAACUCAAAUUAGUGUUUUAUAAUUAAAUAAUUGGACAUGUAAUAUAUAUCGUGGUUUUAUUGAA